UCAAAAAAAAAAAAAAAAAAACUUACCUUUGGUAAGGGAGAGAUGGUGAGAAGAUGAGAUUUAGAUUCCCUACUUUUCACCUACGGUGCACCUUAGAAAACGCAUCAAAAACUACCAACCAUAAAUUUUCCCGCGCUUUAACGACCCACUUCCACCAAGACGAUUUCUUUUCCUCCAACGGUCAAAUUUCGUGCUACGGCGAGGACAUCCCGAAUCCUGUUGAUCCGAACCUCUUGGCUCAGUUACAGCAACAUGGGUCUGUACACACUCCUUACAUUCUCAACAAACUUAUAUCCUUUUGCGCCAAGUCGUCUUUGUUUUACAUGGGUAUUCAAGCUCAUUCCAUAGUUAUCAAGAUGGGUUUCAAUUCAAAUGUAUAUAUCAACAGUGCUCUUGUUGAUAUGUACGGUAAAUGUGGUUUUAUCUCAUGCGCUCAACAACUGUUCGAUGAAAUGUGUCACAGAAAUGUAGUCACUUGGAAUUCAUUGAUGUCUGCUUAUUUGCAUACCCAAUACCCUGAAAUGGCCAUUGAAUUGUUUCUAGAGAUGUUCAAAGGGAAGAUGUUUCCGACGCCAAUUAGCAUUUCGACUGCUCUGGUUGGUUGUGUGCAAUUAGAAGAUGGAGAAUUGGGUGUUCAGAUGCAUUGUUUUUGUUUGAAAUCUGGGUUCUGCUUUAAUGCUGUUGUGUGUACGGGUUUAAUUGAUAUGUAUUCUAAGUGUUUGACUAUUGAUGCUUCGAGGAGAGUUUUCAAUGAAAUGCCGGACAAAAAUGUUGUUACCUGGACUUCAUUAGUUACCGGAUAUGCUCAGAAUCGACAACCUGAUGAGGCAAUGAUUUUAGUUAGGGAAAUGUUGCGUUUGGGUGUUAAGUCAAGUUACGUGACUUAUAAUAUUUUGUUGAGUUCAUUUCAUUGUCCAGAUGAUUUGGAUCAUUGCAAACAAGUUCACUGUUGCAUAAUUCGGGAAGGCCUAGAGUCUGAUAUGUACUUAACAGUAACAUUAGUAACUGUAUAUUCGGAAUGCAGCCGUAGCUUAGAGGACUUCUACAGGAUUUGCUCGACGAUUACAAUAUGGGAUCAAGUUUCAUGGAAUGCAGUAAUUUCUGGUUUCUCUAAUUUAGGAGACGGUCGUGAUGCCCUCAUAUGCUUUUCUAAAAUGAGGCAGGCAGGCAUUAUUGUUGACUUCUUCACAUUUACAAGCAUUUUGAGAGCAACUGGAAUUAUUUCAGCUCUUGAAGUGGGGAAACAAGUUCAUUGUCUUGUUAUCAAGACUAGAUAUGCUUCGAAUGUGUGUGUGCAGAAUGCAAUUGUCUCCAUGUAUGCAAGAUGUGGUAAGAUUGAUAAUGCAAAAAAGGCAUUUUUAUCAAUGAAGCAAUAUGAUUUGAUUUCAUGGAAUUCGCUGCUUUCUGGAUUUGCUCAUCAUGGGUAUGGCAGGGAAGCUGUUCAAAUGUUUGAACAAAUGAGUAAAACUGGGGUUAAACCUGAUCUGACCACAUUCCUGGCUGUGCUUUCAGCUUGUAGUCAUGUUGGGUUGCUGGACAAGGGACUUGAGUAUUUUGAUUUGAUGAAAAGUGAUGAGUCCCUUCAACCACUUAAACUAGAGCACUAUGCUUGUAUUGUGGAUCUAUAUGGUCGAGCUGGGUAUCUCCAUGAAGCAGAAGCAUUUAUCAAUAGCAUGCCAAUAGAGCCAGGACCCUCAGUUUUCAAAGCUCUUCUAAGUGCCUGUAAAGUUCAUGGAAAUACAGAAAUCGCUGUGCGUUCUGCGAGAAAGCUUGUGGAGCUUUGCCCUAGUGAUCCUGCAACUUAUGUACUGCUAGCAAGUGUCUUGGCUAAUGAGGGUUAUUGGGAUAAUGCAGCUGAGGUACGGAAGCUUAUGUGUGAUAAGGGAGUGAGAAAGAAGCCUGGUUCUAGCUGGAUUUGAGUUGAUGAAGUCGAAAUUGAUCCUUUGUUUUGGCUUCUUUAUCAAACACACAUUUCCAGUCAUUUUUCUUUUGUCCAAUGCAUAAUGGUUUGGCAUGAAGUGAGGCAUCAAGGUCAGAUUCAAUUAUUAAGUUGUGGUUUCCUUUUUCAAGUCCUAUCUUUGGGAUCCUGCAGACGCAGCCAAGCUUCUUCUACAUGGUGCUUGCAUUAUCGAUGGAGCACAAGAAACAAAAUGCUUAUUGGUUAAUGCAAAGGGUUCAUCUAAUUAAUUGCCAAUUGAAACUUCUGGAUUUUGUCCUGCUUCUGUUGUGUGAAGUCUAAACUAGUCAGGCAAUUACCCACUUCUCCUCCAAACAAUUUUUGAAGAACUGUUCAUUCUGUCCUCAGUGAAUAUCACAAGGCAGGCUGGGAUUUCCGAAGACUGAAGAUCAUGUUAUGAUUCUCCAAAUUAUUUCUUCUGAUAAAAAUUGCAGUAUACAGGACUUUCAAUUUGAAACUUCUACCCUGUUUCUCAUUUUCUGGUUUCAUAACUCGAAAUGAAGCAAGCGAUGAUGGCAAGUUUCACUUUUUUUAAUAAUCUGUCCAUUGGUUGAUGAACUUGUUGCAAUUUAGCUUGUUGGGAUGCU